UCCUCGUCGGGCAUCGGAGAGGGAAUCGUUAAACUGUUCUCAAUAUUAGGGGCUAAUGUUGUGGUCACCGGAAGGAAAGCACAGGACGUUCAACGAGUGGCCAAAGAGGUCCAGGAGUUGUCACCACUAAAAUUGAAGCCAUUAGAAGUUGUGGGAGAUUUGACCAAAACUUCUGAUGUAAACAAUUUAAUCGAUUCUACGGUCAAAACGUUUGGCAAAAUCGAUGUAUUGGUCAAUAACGCCGGUAUAUAUCCGCCGACAAACAUCACUCAAACAGAUCUAUUGUCGGUUUGGGAUCAGAUAUUUGCCGUCGAUUUACGCGCUGUCGUAGAACUCAUCCACCGAUCGGUUCCACAUCUGGAGAAAACCAACGGAACUAUUAUUGAUAUCUCAAGUGUGGCAUCACUCGCACCGAUCAAAAUUGAGCUAGCUUAUGCAUCGGCCAAAGCGGGUCUGGAUAUGUUGACCAAAAUAUUAGCCCUGGAAUUGGGGCCCAAAAAUGUUCGUGUUAAUACUAUUAAUCCGGGUGCUAUACAUGUGAAAGACCCGCUGACACCCCUUGAAAUCCUGAUCGCAAAAUACACGCCAUUGGGAAGAGUGGGUCAACCCCUAGACAUCGCCCGUGCGGUCGCAUUCCUGGCCUCCACUGACGCCCAGUUUAUAACCGGCGCUAAUCUGGUGGUCGACGGCGGAUUUGAUGAGAGGAAUAGGGAUCUGAAGGAAUUCCACUAUCCUAUAGAGGACUAUAAGGCGGUCGCAAAGUCCCGGGACUUUACGGGUUCUGUGGUUGUAGUGACCGGUUCCUCGUCGGGCAUCGGAGAGGGAAUCGUUAAACUUGCCGGUCCUACUCAAGUAACUGGAAAACCAAUUCCUUUUGAAAAGUUGGCUCCAAAGGUGACGCCAUUGGGAAGAGUGGGUCAACUCCUCGACAUCGCCCGUGCGGUCGCAUUCCUGGCCUCCACUGACGCCCACUUUAUUACCGGCGCUAAUAUAGUGGUCGACGGCGGACUUGUAUAUAACGCGGACUAUCCUAUAGAGGACUACAAAGCGGUCGCAAAGUCCCGGAACUUCACGGGAAAAGUGGUUUUAGUGACCGGUUCCUCGUCGGGCAUCGGAGAGGGAAUCGUUAAACUUGUGAAUAUGAGAGAGGGAAUCGUUAAACUGUUCUCAAUAUUAGGGGCUAAUGUUGUGGUCACCGGAAGGAAAGCACAGGACGUUCAACGAGUGGCCAAAGAGGUCCAGGAGUUGUCACCACUAAAACUAAAGCCAUUAGAAGUUGUGGGAGAUUUGACCAAAACCUCUGAUGUAAACAAUUUAAUCGAUUCUACGGUCAAAACGUUUGGCAAAAUCGAUGUAUUGGUCAAUAACGCCGGUAUAUAUCAAGUGACAAAUAUCACUCAAUCAGACGUAUUGUCAGUUUGGGAUCAGAUAUUUGCCGUCGAUUUACGCGCUGUCGUAGAACUCAUUCACCGAUCGGUUCCACAUCUGGCGAAGACUAACGGAACUAUAAUUGAUAUUUCAAGUGUAGGCGGAAUCGCACCGAUCAAGUCUCAAUUAGCAUAUUCAACUGCGAAAGCAGGUCUGGAUAUGUUAACCAAAGUAUUAGCCCUGGAAUUGGGGCCCAAAGGUAUUCGUGUCAAUACUGUUAAUCCGGGUGCUAUACAUGUGAGCGAAAUUCCCAACCCGUUUGAAACGUUGGCCGCAAAAGUGACGCCAUUGGGAAGAGUGGGUCAACCCCUAGACAUCGCCCGUGCGGUCGCAUUCCUGGCCUCCACUGACGCCCACUUUAUUACCGGCGCUAAUGUUGUGGUCGACGGCGGCAUUAUUUACAACGUGGACUAUCCUAUAGAGGAUUAUAAAGCGGUCGCGAAGUCACGGGAUUUCACGGGGAAAGUGAUUCUCGUGACCGGUUCCUCGUCGGGCAUCGGAGAGGGAAUCGUUAAACUGUUCUCAAUAUUAGGGGCUAAUGUUGUGGUCACCGGAAGGAAAGCACAGGACGUUCAACGAGUGGCCAAAGAGGUCCAGGAGUUGUCACCACUAAAACUGAAGCCAUUAGAAGUUGUGGGGGAUUUGACCAAAAGCUCUGAUGUAAACAAUUUAAUCGAUUCUACGGUCAAAACGUUUGGCAAAAUAGAUGUGUUGAUCAAUAACGCCGGUAUAUAUCCGCAAACAAACAUCACUCAAUCAGAUCUGUUAUCAGUUUGGGAUCAAGUAUUUGGCGUCGAUUUACGCGCUGUCGUAGAACUCAUUCACCGAUCGGUUCCACAUUUGGAGAAGACUAACGGAACUAUUAUUGACAUAUCAAGUAUUGGCGCAAUUGCACCGGUCAAAUUUAUGCUAGCUUAUGCUCCAGCCAAAGCAGGUAUGGAUAUGUUGACUCGAAUAUUAGCCCUGGAAUUGGGACCCAAAGGAAUUCGUGUCAAUACUGUUAAGUAA